UCCCCUCCCCUCCCCUAAACCUAACUCCUCCCCCUCCCCUAAACCUGGCCCCUCCCCUCACUGAGAGUCCGGAAAGAGCUGAUAUCUGAGGAGGCACAACAUGGAACAGGCCAGAGUUUGUAUCCAGCUGCCUGUAACUCCCUCCCCCUGUGUCCCUGGCAUUGUCCCUCCCCUGCACUCACAUCUCCAGCCUGGGCUACUGGGUUCUCCAGAGAUGGAACCAAGGAGGUUAGAGGGGAAAUGGGAGAAUGAAGAGCCGGACACUGAGGAGCCUCUGCCCACAAUAAAGAGGGAAAUGGAUCCCGUUCCUGGGGCCGCUUUACACGGCCCUGUCUCUCCCUUACUGGCAGCUUCCCCAUUGGCUGAAUCAGAAAUAUUACAGAUAAAGAUAAAGGAGGAAGAACCGGACCCUGAGGAUUAUCUGAACCCAAUGGAAAGCUCAGUAGUUCCAGUCUCUGAUGGGGAUUGUUCCAUGAACUAUGGAGUAAAAUUAGAACUGUCUGGAUCCCCUUGGAGCUCACAAGUACCGGAACCCUCUUGCACUCCAGACCCUGUCACGACGAAGAAUGAAGACAAUGGAGUAUUUAAAGGGCCAGUACAGUACAAAGCUGAGACUGAUUGGGAGAGUGAGACUGGUACAAGGUAUGAGGGCGGCUCAGCAAGGUCGGAAGCACCAGGGAUUACCUGCUGUAAAUGUGGGAGCAGCUUCAGUUUAGAGAUGAACCUUCUUGCUCACAUCUGUGCAAAUCCCAGUGCUACAAAGAACCGCAGUAAUACCCCUAAUAAUAUAGAUACAGAAGCAAAACCUGUCAGCUGUAUGGAAUAUGAGACAUGUGUAAGCGCUAAACUCAGUCUGUCCCCAGACCUGCAGGCUCCCAUGCAGAAGAAACCAUUCAUGUGUCCGGUAUGUGGGAGAAGUUUCUAUCGAAAAAGCCAACUGAAGUAUCACCAGAACAUUCACGCAGGGGAGAGGCCCUUCCUAUGCACAGAGUGUGGGAGGAGCUUUUCUGAUAAGGAGCAGCUUCACAAACACCAGAGAAUUCACACCAGAGACGGGCGUUUCUCAUGCACAGAGUGCGGGAAAUGCUUCUCCCAAAAGAGCAACCUUCAGAGCCAUCACAAGAUUCACACGGGGGAGAGGCCCUUUGCCUGUACAGAAUGUGGGAAAAGCUUCUCCCAGAAGAGCCACCUUCAAAGUCAUUAUAAAAGUCACACAGGGGAGAAACCCCACGUCUGCCCAGACUGCGGGAGAUGCUUUUCUCUAAAGAGCAACCUUUCAGCGCAUGAAAUGAUUCACAGGUUCAAGAAGCUCUUCACGUGUAGCGAGUGUGGCAAAAGCUUUUCUGACAUGGAGAAGCUUUGCGUCCACCAGGCCGUUCAUACGGGGGAGAAAGCCUUCAAAUGUAAACAAUGCGGGAAAAGUUUCUCUCGCAAACACAACCUUCAAAGCCAUGAAAGAAUUCACACAGGGGAGAAACCAUUCAUCUGUACAGAAUGUGGGAAAUGCUUUGGUGACAGGACCAACCUUUACACCCACCUGAAAGUGCACACAGGAGAGAAAAGUUUCACGUGUACAGAAUGUGGGAGAAGCUUCCUACGUAAGGACAACCUGCUCAGUCACCAGAAGGUUCACACAGGGGAGAAACCCUAUACCUGCACGGAAUGUGGGAAAUGCGUAAGCAGCCAGUCCAGCCUUAUCCGGCACCAGAGAAUCCACACCGGCAGUAAACCGUACCAUUGUGCAGAAUGUGGGCGGAACUUUGCUGGGCAAGGGGAACUUCGUAGGCACCAGAGAGUUCAUAUUCGGGAAAAGUCUCUUCAGGAAUAAAGUUUGGGCAAAAACCUUUGUCAGCAAUACUGUUUUGACAGUUGUUACAGGGCAGGGCUGUUUCUAGGGUGGCACCGGACCUAACUACGGCCCUGCCAGCAAUCACCAUGGGAACCCCCAGCUCUGAUCUGAUGCCAGAUUUGGCCAGUAAGCAUCUGGCAGUGUCUGGGGAGGGUUUUUAUUUCUUUUUUAUAUUAAUUAUAUAGGCACCCGAGGGACGCCCAUAUAUAUAUAUAUAUAUAUAUAAUUAUACAGGGUGCUGCAGGUACCCCCUGUCAGCUGCGUCCCCCGCACCCCUUAGGUGUCCCUGCUAUACCCCAUAACCACAUGCAGGGGCCCCCACUGAGCCUCCCUAAUCCCCCGUAAGGGACCCGCCCGACAUCCUCCCCUGAGCGCGUCAGUUUAACUCGUCAGGGGAGGGAAACUGUUGGUCUGGCAGUGCCGGCAAGGGUCGGGUCUGGGCUGCCGGGGCCCACCGGGUUUUUUCCCAGCGGCCCAGUCCAACCCUGCAGCCCAGGGCUUUGCAUAGAACAGAAGUCUUUUCCAUAUUUAGAAAGAUAAAUCGUGGAUGAUAGUUAUUCUCUACUCUGUAAUUCAGCUGGAGGAGAAGCACUGCACCAAGGAAGGAAAUCACCUUUCAGAUGUUUCACACUGGGAAAGCUGAGGUGCCUGUAACUGUUAAAAACUCACCGAGGGUGAAGCUGCUUCUAUUUUCAAAUUAUUAUCAGAUCUUAUUAAAUGUACAUGUAGUGCCAAAUGGACUUUGUCCCUGGGAUCUAUUGUGUAUCCGCUGCACUGAAGCCAUCUUUUUUUAAAUCCUGUCAAAUCUCAAACCCUCCAUCCAAGAGUCAGCAGAAUCUAUUUAUAUUUGGGACAAAUAAAAACAAAAAAUAGCACCAUGUAUGCAAAACAACAGUUGUUCAGAGCUUUAAAUCAUGUGGUUUUAAGGGUUCCAAUGCGAAAGGAGUCGGACGAAUCUGAAUCCCACAAAAAGUGCUCAGAUUUGACUGGAUUCUGGGCAUCCCUAAUCCUCAUUAUGUAGGCAGAGAUACACAGGGCUGUGUUUAUAUAUGGGCGCCACAGGGCGGGUGUCUAUAUAAUGAGCCCCAGACCCACCAGUGGAAAUCUGGGCACAGAGCUGGGGGGCGAGGGGUCUGGAACAAGUCGUGCUGGAAGUGACAUUACAUGCAGCCAUUUGAGCGAAGUCACUGCCGCCUGGGGUGGCACUAUACCUAAAUACUUUGGUUAUACAGUUAAAAAGGUAAAAUUGCCUCAUUAUUGGAGCCCCAUACAUCCUUUCUGGUCUGCCAGGUCCAUUGAUAUGCUAGCUGCCCACCAACAAAAUGGGGUUUGACUGGCAGCCUUCAGAGCAAAGAGCUGAGAGCUUCUGGGUCACCUGUACAGCCGGGGAAACAACCAGCAGGAAGUGUCAGGGUUAGGGGGUGCUAGCAAGGUAUUUGGGGAGAUUUUUUACUAAAACAACAAAAAAGACAAGUUUUAAAGCUUUUCCUGCCAAGCAUGUAUUUUGUAGGUGCUGACAGAAAAAAGGCUCUAACUGCCAAGAAUGUAUGUAAUACAGUCCUUGCAGGUAAAGCAUCUUAUGAUAAUUCCACUUGCUCAGUCUCUCACACAGGUUAGACUAGCGUCACAGCACCCCAAAUACCAACACCCACUAAUUCAACAAAACUUGCUGCCACCACUCACAAACCUUUAGGGUGAUGAGAGACUAAUACCAAAGUAUUCUAGCAGUAAAAGGGUUAAACGACAUGGAAACCCCCCCACAAAAAAUGUCGGUCAACAGCCUCUUUGAAAUCUUUAAUUACCCACUACUCCUGUUGUUCAAAGGUUAAUAGUAAGGCUGCAGCAUCCCCAUAAUUACUUGGGGUUCCUUCUUCUCCUCUACCCAUUGCCCCCCUUUUACUUUGGCUGCUGAGCAUGCUCAGUUCUUCUCAACUCAGGUUACCCGACACGCCCCCCCAGUCUAGCAGCAUCACUGAACUUGUGUGAGAGGGAAAAUGGCCGUCGGCUGAAAGCUGCUAUUUGUUCUAGGAAAAUGUGAUGAUGCAGAGGAAUGGAGGGGAUACAAAAAAAUGGCGCGCUUUGGGUGGGGGCCAAACCUGUAUACAUGGUAGGAAAAUGUAGGAGUUUCAUGUAAUUAAAACACACGGGCUCAUUUAUCAACACUGGGCACAUUGGUUGCCAUGGGUUACUGCCCAUGGAUAAAACUGUUGCAUUCAUUGUUCUACCUGCAGCUGAUUGCUAUAGGUUACUGCCCAAGGGCAAAUUUGCCCAGUGUUGAUAAAGGAGCCCCACAGGCUUUCUACCAUCAGUCAAGUGGUUAAUCAGCAUGCAGAGGGUUAAAGCACACAAUUACAUUCUUUCUGGUUAUGGGUUCCUUUAGAACAUCAAGGACAAAACGUAUUAAGUGUAAUAUUAUAAGAGGUUGAAAACAGGGCAGGAAUAUUGGGAGAUGUUACAAAAAUACAGAUAUUAAAAUCAUUACAAACAGUUUUGAAAUAAAAGGGAAAACUGUAGAAAACCUACAGAAUAGAAUAGAAUUUCCUGGUUUUGGAGACAAGGAGAAAACAAAUGGGAUGAACACCCAACCAAAAUGCAGAAAUUCCCCGCAAAUCCAUUCCUGGCGAAAACAUUCGCUCAUCCCUAUUCUAUUCAUUGGUUUCCCCUGCUGGUUCCAUAUGCACCAACCAGCACCGCUGUGGGACCUGCCCAGAUACUCCCAGUACCAGAGCCAGUCCUGUUUGCACUUGAUUGAUUGCUAAUAUCAGAUUGAAUGGUGUUCCUUCACCAGCACAAUACAUUUAAUGUAGCUGACUGGGCCAGUUAACCCUUACAUGGCCUGUAUUAUGUACUGGCGGCUUUUGGGAGAGAUGUUACUAAGGUUUAGUGGAUGUUUUGGUGUUGAAAUCUGCAAGCCCCUGAAGGGAAAAGGAAAAA